CCCUCAACCCCACACGUUAACGAUAUAAAUACACACUCACCUCACAAUUCCCAAUCACACAAAACGCAGCGCAGCUCUGUGAUUUCAAUCUUUCUUUUCUCUCUUUUUUAGGGUUUCCGUCUCGUUUUCUCCGCGCUUUCCCUUCCCACUCGUAUCUUUUCCGUUUGAUUUGAUCUUGGUGGGUUUUAAGGUAUUGAAAGCUGCGGCAUUUUUAAUCAGAAUUAAUCUAAUCAGGACUGAAUGAGCUAAUGGAGUCUAAAGGAGGUAAAAAGAAGUCCAGUAGUAGUAGUAAAUCAUCAUCAUUAUUCUACGAAGCUCCCCUCGGAUACAGCAUUGAAGACAUUCGUCCUAACGGUGGAAUCAAGAAGUUCAGAUCAGCUGCUUACUCCAACUGCGCUCGCAAGCCAUCCUGAUAUUCCAUACUGAAUCUCGUUCCCCUGCAUGCAAGCAGUUUUUUAUUAGCUUUUUUUGUUUUCGUUUAGGUUUAUUUACUACUCUCCUUCAAAAUACAUCUUUCCAAACCCUCUCUUUGCGAUUGUACUCUUUUUUUCAUUCCUUGUUUCUUCCGUGUGUCUUUCUGUUUGAACUGUGGCCAUGGCAGUUUCUGCAAUUGGUUUCGAAGGAUUUGAAAAGAGGUUGGAAAUUUCCUUUUCCGAUCCUGGACUUUUUUCUGACCCUCACGGGAGGGGUUUAAGAUCUCUCACAAAAUCCCAACUUGAUGAGAUUCUUGCACCAGCUGAGUGCACCAUUGUUUCUUCCUUAGCAAAUGACGAUGUUGACUCCUAUGUUCUGUCUGAGUCCAGCCUUUUUGUUUAUGCCUACAAGAUCAUAAUCAAAACCUGUGGUACUACCAAAUUACUGCUUGCAAUCCCACCCAUAUUGAAAUUGGCCGAGUCCAUUUCCCUUAAAGUCAGAUCUGUGAGGUACACCCGAGGCAGUUUCAUUUUUCCUGGUGCCCAGUCUUUCCCUCAUCGCCACUUUUCCGAAGAAGUGGCUGUCCUCGAUGGCUACUUUGGAAAGCUUGGGUCAGGCAGCACGGCUUAUAUUAUGGGUGGAUCCGAUGAAGCCCAGAAUUGGCAUGUUUACUCUGCCUCUGCAGAUUCCGUGAGCCCAAACGACUCUGUCUACACACUCGAGAUGUGCAUGACUGGCUUAGACAGAGAGAAAGCUUCGGUUUUCUUCAAAGAUCAAUCAGAUUCAGCUGCCAAGAUGACUGUGAACUCUGGCAUCAGGAAAAUUCUUCCAAAUUCUGAAAUAUGUGACUUUGAUUUUGAACCUUGUGGUUAUUCAAUGAAUUCUGUUGAGGGUGCUGCUGUUUCUACCAUUCAUGUUACUCCAGAAGAUGGGUUCAGUUAUGCAAGCUUUGAGACUGCUGGAUAUGAUUUGAAAGCAAUGAAUCUGAAUGAAUUGGUGGUGAAGGUGCUAGCUUGUUUCCAACCAAAUGAGUUUUCUGUAGCUGUUCAUGUGGACAAUGCAAGCAAGUCAUUUGAGCAGGGUUGUUCGCUUGAUGUUAAGGGAUACUGUCGUGAAGAGAGGAGCCAUGAAGGGCUUGGAAUGGGUGGUUCUGUUGUCUACCAAAAGUUUGUCAAGACUGCCGACUGUGGCUCGCCUAGAUCAACACUCAAGUGCUGGAAAGAUGAAGAUGAAGAAGAGUAGCUUUGUGUCUUUAUGUUCUGUCUCUUAAAUAAGUGUCGCCUUUUCAGGCGGGAACUCAUUGUUUUCGUUUAUGUGUCGAAGGUUUGUACACCUUCAUUGUUGUUUUCAUUUGAACUGAAAUAAAGUGUAUGUUUUGGGAAUUUUUGACUAUCUGAAUUAUUUAUUUAGUAAUUUA